AAACUAUUUAGUUAAUAAAAAUAAAGUUGAAUAUUAUAGUCGCCAAUUUUCGAAGAGAGAAUAUAACAUUUUGAAGUGAAGAGUGGAGAUUGGAAACAUGGAUGUGAUGAAAAUAUCCUUUUUGUUUCUGUUCAUCCUCGUGUUAUCUACACAGUCGGAACGGACAGUUUAUAAAAUAGGUGUACUAAUGGCGUCGCGUUUGGACUCACCGUUCGACCUGGAGCGGUGCGGUCCCGCCGUCGACUUGGCAUUGGAGAAAGUAAACGAGAAGUUCCUGUCGCAUCAUGGAAUUGAACUGCAAAAGGUGCAGGGAAGUUACCCAUCGUGUUCAGGGGCGAUAGCUCCGGGUCUGGCCGCGGACAUGCAUUUCAAAGACGACGUAAUCGCUUUCGUGGGACCAGCCUGCGCUUUCGCCUUGGAACCAGUAGCGAGACUGGCUGCAUAUUGGAAUACACCCAUUAUCACUGGCAUGGGUGAUCAGCCCCCUUCUGAAGGAGAACUGGCAGCACCAGCGAGCGUUGUUAGCCGAAUGCAUCGAUUGAGGAAUCUUCGCAAAGGGAUCAAGCCGCAAACUUUGUUCAACGACAAAGGAAAGUACCCCACCCUGACUCGGAUGUCGUACUGUCAAUGCCGCCUGCCACACGUAUUCACGAGCGUCUUCGAGAGAUUCGGGUGGGCACACGUUGCCUUAUUACUUGACAAGUCCGAUUUGUUCUCCCUUACUGUUGGUAAAAGCUUGGAGUGGGGAUUACGGAAAGAGGGGAUAUUGAAGGCCGUGAGGGAACUGGAUGGAAAUGAACGGGAGUCGUGCGAGGCGUUACUUCGGGACGUUAGCAUGUACGCACGAGUUGUGAUACUGAGCGUCCGAGCGCCUCUGGUACGAGAGUUCCUGCUGGCUGCGCACACCCUCGGCAUGACGAGGGGGGACUGGGCAUUUCUGGACGUAGAAAUAUUUCAGGGUGGGUACUGGGGAGAGACUGGCUGGGCAGCGGGUGACAACCGCGACGCCGCUGCCAGGGUCGCGUAUGAAGCCUUGCUCAGGGUGUCUCUGAAGUUACCCACUGGUGAUCGGUUUGAUGAUUUUGCUGAUGCUGUGAGAGCAAGAGCGAGACAACACUAUAACUAUACUUUCUCAGAUGGUGAAGAGGUGAAUUUCUUCAUCGGAGCUUUCUACGAUGGCGUCUACUUAUUGGGAAUGGCGCUGAAUGAGACCCUGACUGUGGGCGAAGAUAUCAGAGACGGACGAACGAUCACUAGGCGCAUGUGGGGUCGUGAUUUUCACGGUAUAACUGGCCAUGUUCGCAUCGACGCAGUGGGCGAUAGAGAUGCUGACUACGCCAUACUGGAUUUAGAUCCAGUCACUGGCAAGUUUGAGGUUGUAGCAUUUUACCACGGUCUGAACAGCAGCUACAAGGCCGUCGCGGGGAAGGCAAUCCACUGGCCUGGUGGUCGGAGGGGUCCACCGCCUGACACACCCAGGUGUGGUUUCCUGGGCACAGACCCCAUGUGCCAAGGAGAGGCCCAGACAGUUAUUAUAUAUUGUUUUAUUGGGCUGGCGAUAUUUUUAACGUUCGCAGUCACAGCUGCUUGCGUUGCCUAUAAGCAGGCACGCAUCGAUGCAGAGCUGAACAAUAUGGCGUGGAGAGUGCGGCCCGAGGAGGUACUGGUUGAGGUGGGCACCGGACUGGGCGCGAGUCCUGCUCUUCACAGCAUCAACGAAGUCGUUAAGCUGUCUCUCAGCUGGAAUGCUCGAAACAGUAACGGCACGCCAUCGCUGGGGACACCUUCAUUCACACUGUCUUCCUUUACCGUCGGCCUUUACAAGGGUAACCGCGUCGCCGUCAAGAAGAUACACAGGAAGAAACUAGAUCUCAAUAAGAAGCUGUUUUGGGAAAUUAGACAGGCCCGGAAUGUCUCCCACGAGAACACAGCCCGUUUUAUCGGCGCAUGCGUCGAUUGCCCGCUGGUAUUCGUGCUAACCGAGUAUUGCCCUAAGGGUUCUUUGAAGGACGUGUUGGCAAAUGACGAGCUGCAACUAGACUGGAAUUUCAGGACUUCAUUAGUCCACGACAUUGUUCAGGGCAUGUGUUACUUACACGGAGGGCUGGGUGCGCACGGCAAGCUCCGCUCUACCAACUGUCUCAUCGAUGGACGCUUCGUUUUGAAGAUCUCCGACUACGGCCUGAACACAUUGUGCACACCCACCGACCUGAUAAAGGACGACACGUACUAUUACAAAUUGUUAUGGACGGCACCGGAGCUGGUAGCGGCCAGCAUAUACCCUGGUGCAGCCGCCUCUCUUAAAGGCGAUGUGUAUAGUUUUGGGAUCAUCCUUGAGGAGAUAGUCCUUAGAGCUGGACCCUUCCAUCACUACACCAGCACUAUGUCCAAUAAGGAAAUAGUAUCGAGGGUGUGCGCCCGCGAGUCGCCGCCGUUCCGGCCGGUGGUGGGUGUGAGCGACGGCGGCGCAGUGGGCGCGGCGGGCGGCGGCGCCGGAGCGGCCGCCGAGCUGCUAGAGCUGGCGGCGCGCUGCUGGGCCGAGUGCCCCGACGAACGGCCUACCUUCGACGCUAUCAACGCCAACUAUAUUAAGGGCUACUGUGAUAACUUGAUGGAUGACCUUCUCCGUCGCAUGGAGCAGUACGCGAACAAUCUCGAAUCACUCGUAGAAGAGAAAACGGAACAACUGUCGUUGGAGAAAAGGAGAUCUGAGGAGUUAUUAUAUCAAGUGUUGCCAAGGCCUGUGGCUCAGCAACUUAUGGCUGGUGAGAUGGUGCAGCCUGAGAGCUUCGAAUGCGUGACGGUGUAUUUUAGCGACAUAGUCGGUUUCACGGAGCUGUGCGCCGCCUCUACCCCGAUGCAAGUCGUGGAUCUACUCAACGAUUUGUACAGCACAUUCGAUAGGAUUAUAGGAUUUUAUGAUGUUUAUAAGGUAGAGACAAUAGGCGAUGCGUAUAUGGUGGUGUCUGGUCUGCCUGAGCGGAAUGGUGACCUCCACGCACGGGAGAUAUGCCUCAUGGCGCUGGCCAUAGUGGAAGCAGUGCGAGGGUUCGUCGUCAGGCAUCGGCCAACUCAUCGUUUGGAGGUUCGGGUAGGGGUUCACUCCGGGCCGGUGUGCGCAGGUGUAGUGGGAGUCAAAAUGCCUCAUUACUGCCUCUUUGGUGAUACUGUUAACACCGCCAGUCGAAUGGAGUCAAGUGGACAACCACUCCGAAUUCACUUAAGUGAGAGCACACGCCUACUGCUGCAGCAGUGGGGUACAUUUGUAGUAGAACGCCGCGGUGAGGUUGAACUGAAAGGAAGGGGACGAAUGCUGACGCACUGGCUACUGCAGUGCUCCGAACCUGAGGCUAGGCUAGUCAGCCAAGGGCCACAACCGCCGCCCCAGUACCCUAUUCUGUUCCCGGCACUACCACAGCCACCAAUGUCUUUACAGGUCCCAUAUUUAGUGGUCGAACCACCUACUUUAGCUGCUUGAGUUGUAUACUUUGUUUUGUAUCCUCAGAAUUUAUUUACAAUUUUAUUUUUAAGGAAAUUGUAUAGCGUUAUAGAUAAAUUUCAACAGUAUUUAGUAUUUAAAUGAAUACAAUGUCAUUUUGUUGUAAAAUAUUGUUUCAAUUUGGGACAAUAAAGUUAAAAGCUAACAUAAUAUCUGCAACACAAAUACGAGUACUUUAAUAAAAACCUAAAUUGAAUCUUCUGCAUUAUUUUUGAUGAUCAAUGACGUCUUAUUUUCUAUCUUAAAUUUAGAGGAUUCUAAAUGAAAGUUUCGAUAAUUUAUUUAAAUUAUAAGUUGCCAAAUACAUAUGUUGUUGUUUAAGUAGACCAUAGACCAGUGAUUCUCAACCUUUUUUUUGUUGCGGCACAUAUUUAACAAUUUCAAAAUUUGGCGGCACACAAAGAAAAAGAUAAAAAUUAUUUACUUACUACAACACACUGCAUAAAUAGUUUAUGACAAAAAUUUUAAAUAUUUGCAAAAUUUGGCGGCACACAAAAGUGCCGUGGUACAGUGGUUGAGAAUCACUGCCAUAGACUAUCUCACAUGAUUAGUGUUUAUCAGUAACGUGUAUUACUGCCUUUAUAAUUACCCGUAGCAAGCCAAGAUAUCGUACGAUUUUACCGUUACGACGUAACCAGAAAACCAUUUUUUUUAUUUUAAUAGUUUUUUAAUCAGGAAAGCAAAAUACAAUUAAAUUUUCAAUACAAUAUUAUAUAUGUGCUCCUAAACUUAAAAACGUCUACAUACAAGUGAUUAGAAGAUUAGAUUAGAUUAUUAUUUUGUUUAAUAAUAAUAAUAAUAAUAUUUAUUAGGUAAAAAAAUAUGUUUCAAUUUUACAUUUGUUCCCAAAACUUCACACUAGGAUUCCCUGUGUCGUGAAGUCUUGGGCCCUCUUCUACUUACAAAACUUAUUAACUAAUAUAUAAACAUUAGAUACAUAAACAAUUUAGAUUUAUACACAUUUUUACAUAUAUAUUUUGUCACAUAUAUAUAAAUACAUACACACAUGCAUAUACAUACACACAUACACAUACAUAUAUACAUAUUUUCCCAUCCCAUUAUGUUAGCAGUCGAACGCAUACUAAAUGUAAUGAAUUUAAACAAAAUAAUUCUAAUCGACUAACCAGUGAUAGUGAUAUGGACUUCCAUAAAAUAACACCAAGUUCAAUAAAUUAUUUUGAUGCAUAUGGUUUAAUCUUCUUUUAUAUCACUUAUUUAUCGUGAUGGUAAUAUUGUACUAUACCGUUUCAUACUAUGAUUAAUAAUAAAAAUAUCCAUUCAAUAAUAAUGUAAUAAAACAGAAAUCAUUGUAAGCGAAUAAAUAUUUAGCAAAGAUUUUGACGUUGGAUUUAAUUCUUGUUCUUAGUUGUUCAUGUUAUAUAAUUUGAAAUACGUGGGAGUAUUAUUUAUAUUUGAAUUACUUUCGACAUUUUAAAUCUAGCCAGAUAUCAAUUUAAAUAGAUGUAGCAACUGCAUUUACUAUACUUUUUAUAAAUUUUUGCUCUAUUCAGAAUGAUCACGACUCGGAGCAGUAUAAAAAUGUUGAAUGUUUUUUAGAUUAAAAAAAAAAUAUAUUAAGGGAGAUAUACUCGUAAUGUCAAUAAAUAGGUCAGUUAACAUGACGGCAAGUAGUUUAGUAGUACUGAUUGAAAUCUAGUAAUCAAAAUCGCCACUGUAUUGUAGUGACUGUAAUCCUACAAUUUUAUUGUAGUGUCAUGAUAUAUAUAUAUAUUUUUUUUAAUUAAAUCUUUAAUAUACAACAUAUUUCAUAUUAAGUAAAUUUUUAUGUAUUAACACUUAGCACAAUUCAACGAAACACGAAUUUUGUAAGUCAAGUAACAAGUGACAAGUAAUAGAACCAGUACAAAUAUGAAUAGGAUUUCGAUAGAACAACUUUUCAAUGGUUUGUUUAAACGAGUAUUAAUUGGAGUACUUGCGUCGUCUAUCUAUAUCUAUGUCUGUGAUCUAUCUACAGAAAUUGCUUCUAAUUCGUCAUGUUUGCGAAUAUAAAUUUGAAUACGGAUCGCGUUAUCGAAGUUGUGCUCAAUUUGUUACUGAGAUUACUCGGCAAAUUGAGCAUAAAUUAUAUGAUGUCGUACUUGUGUUUGGUAAUGUGAAGUUUAUUCACUUAAUGACCUAAACACAAUUACAUUUGCAUUUUACAUUGUAUAAGUCACAGUAAUGGGAUUAUUACAUACAGAGUAUGUACUGUUAAAAUAUAGUAGAAAAAUGUUUGUGACAAUUAUUGUUUCUUUUUUUUUAAAUUGUAUGAAAUAAAAAUCGUUAUUACUCAUACGUUUUUCAUCCUAUUAAGAGAGUGUUUUAUUAGCGAAACGGAACAUUUUUAUCAAAGAAAUAUGGGUCGAAAAAUAAUAGAAAUUUCGAGCAUCCAAUACUAAAACGACGCGUCCAGAUGUUAGUGUUUUAAUUUAAAAGUUUCCUCUUGUCGGUGCAACUUAUUCAUAUAAAGUUAGUGUUAGAGGCUCAAAAUUAUUUAUUUUUUUGUUAUUUUUAGCUUCCUAAUUCAUUAAAAUUUUUAAUAUAACUAUUUCUGUUUCACUCUAAAUAAGUAUAUAUAAUGAAAUAGAAAACAAUAGAUAUUCGAAGAAAACGUAACUCAAAAAUGACAAUUAGAACUUGCCCUAUUAACGUGACAAUUGUACGCACCAUAUUUAGUAUAGAUUUUUUUUUACAUUUUUCUUACGAAAAUAUGUUAAAAAUUUAAUGUUAAAACAUUUCUCUAAAAGAACGUCAAUAAUUUCGAUUACCUUCUCUAGUAAUAUUAUUAUUUUUUAUGUUCCUAAGGCAAGCUUCAUUAGCGUAUUUAUGCUUUAAUUCCGAGAAAUCAGCGGGCUUGGACCUUUAUAAAGGUGCAUAUAUACUCUUAGAUAAGUCUUUGCCUUCGAAAAAUUGUUUUUACUCAUUCGAAUACAAUUUUUUUGUCAGAACAGAAAAACUUAAUUGGCAGAGUUACAAAUACAUAAAUGGAUGAAAAUGAAUAAAAAUAACAAAUAAUGAGUAAACAGUAAAAUUCGACUGAUUUAGUCUCCUAACUCCUGUCAACUUACAAUGACGAUGAUCAACAACAAAAAAAAAACUUCAAAAGAACUUAAAAAAAAAAUUAAAACGAAGAUAAAUAAAUGUUUUUUUUGCAUGGUUUAUAACCACACAAUUUAUAACUUGACUCUUAGAAAGAAAAACCUCUUAGACAGUUCAUUUGUCCUAUUUUUUCUCAUAAUUUUUGUAGGUAUCUUUAUUAGGUUAAUUACUAAGUUACGUCGAAUUUGGAAACAUUUGUUUUAUUAAAUGUUUUAUUGGAUAAGACCUUAAUCCAAGUGCAUAAACAAACCUAUAUAUCUAGUACAGAUAUAUUAAUUGAAAAGUACUUACGUAUAUGUUGUGAGUUUCGAUGAAAUUAGCAAAGUUUGAAAUGUUAUUCUAUAAACCUAGCUAUUUCUAAACUUUGCUAAUUUUACAGAUCGUAUCUUUUAGACAUAGGUAGGUUUAGAUUGUCAAAUAUAAUUAAUAAUCACGUUUAUGUACAUUACACUCAUGCAUGUAUAUCGAAGAAAUAGUUUUUGUACAAAAUAAACAUUUUAAAACAAUUGUUCCUACUUUUAUACAUAUUGUACCUAUAUUUAUACUGUUGUCUUUUAUAUCAAUAUCUAUUUUUAUAUAAACAUUACUUCUUGAAUUUAGACAGAGAUGCUUUUUUUAGUUUUGUGUCAAUUAGAAGUGUAAGGGGAGGUGUUGUACCUAAUGUAAUAUUAUAAAUAAUACGUUUACAAAUUAUGAUAAAAGUAGUUUUAUUUUAUUUUCUUUUAUUUAGUUAUUAUAUUAAAAGAAGAUUGAAAUUGAUAAGAUGAUGGUACUCAUUCCAGGCGAGCCGUACAUAGCAAUCAUGUUAUCAGUGAAGAUUAUAUUGAAGAUUGAUAAAUCAAUACAUAUAAUAAAGUCGUAACUGGUCGCUGUCUGUAUAUAAA